GUAAAUAUAGGAAUAUCUAUUUGAUUUGUUUGUCUUAGAAUAAUUCAAAUAAUUUAAAUAUUUAUACAAAAGUUAAUUUUAAUAACUUUCUAAAGGGUGGUCCAAAUUAAAAAAUCACACAUGAACUAAGUCAUGACUUCUCUUUUAAUAGAAUAGAUAGAUGGCUGAUUCUGUAAUUAAUGUUAUUUUCUUCCUUUUGUUAUUCCAUUAAGAUAAUAUGGCAGGCAUCAUGUUAGAUGAUUGUGGAGUAUUUUAAUACAAACAGGAUUUUAAUAAUUAUAAUGGAUCAUUAAUUUAGAGAUGUUGUCCAACGAGGGAGAGAGAGAGGUCACCAACUUCCCUGACUUUCCAGCAUUGGGAAGGUUAAUCAUGAAGGAAGAACCUAUCAACUCUUACAUCAGGCAAAACAAAACUAAAUUAAUGGUAAUGUGUUCCUUUUGUUAUCCCAUUAAGACAUAGUAGUUGGCACAUGAAAGGAACACUUACACAAAUGCUUAAAAUGACAUCAUUUUGAUGAUUGUGGAGUAUUUUAAUAGAAAUAGGAUUUUGAUGCUUUUAUGUCAUUUUUAUUUAAAGUUUUAUGUAUGUUUUUCUUUCAUGUUAUGAAAUCCAAAUCAUUCAAUUUCUGAUAAAAAAAAAAAAUUUAAGAACCUCAAGGGUUCUCCCUAGAAAAGGUUCUUUCAUUGGACCAUGAAAAAAUUAAUUACACUAACAAAGGUUCUAAAUUUCUAAAAUCACAAAAUUAACUAUUAAAUUAUUUAUUAGAACUCUUAAUAGGCUCUAACCAUUGGAGUUGCUCUAAAGAAUUAUUUAUUCCAACGAGGGAUGAAAGGAGAGAGAAAGAAAGAGAGGUGUCACCAACUUCCUUGGUUUUCAGCACUGAGAAAGGCAUCAGCCCCUGCUUUUUGGACUAGAUAUAGAACUAUAUCAACAUAGAGUUUAAGAAAUGGAGAAAAAGCAAGAAAAGAGAAGGAUAGUGUUAGUUCCAGUUCCAGCACAAGGACAUGUAACUCCCUUUAUGCAGCUUGGGAAAGUCCUUAGUUUGAAGGGCUUCUUAAUUACAGUAGCUCAGGGACAGUUCAAUCGAAUAAGCCCUUCACCGGACUUCCCUGGGUUUCAGUUUGUCACCAUACCCGAAAGCUUACCCGAGUCUGAACUGAAGAGACUCGGGCCAAUCGAGUUUGCGUUAAAGCACAACAAAACGAACGAGGCAAGCUUCAAGGAUUGUAUAGCUCAGUUGUUGCUUCAACACGGUAAUGAUAUAGCAUGUAUCAUCUAUGACGAGUCCAUGUACUCGUGUGAAGCUGCAGCUAGAGAGUUUAAGAUUCCCUGUGUCAUCUUCACCACUACAAGUGCUACAAAUCAUGCAUCACGAUGCGUUCUCAGCAAACUCAAUGCCGAGAGGUUCUUCUCCGACAUAGAAGAUCCAGAAGUGCAAGACAAGGUGGUUGAAAAUUUGUAUCCAUUAAGAUACAAACACCUACGACCUUCAGGACUUGGGCCAUUAGAGCCACAUCUGGAGAUGCGUCGGGAAAUACUCAACAAAAGAACAGCUUCCGCUUUCAUCAUAAACACGUCAAACUGUCUAGAGAGCUUGUCUCUGUCUUGGCUGCAACAAGAACUCAAAAUUCCAGUGUACCCCUUAGGCCCUCUUCACAUUACAGCUUCAGCGCCUUCCAGUUUAUUGAAACAAGACAGGAGCUGCAUUGAAUGGCUGAACAAGCAGAAACCGAGGUCAGUCAUAUACAUAAGCAUGGGAAGCAUGGCUCACAUGGAAACCAAGGAAGUUGUGGAGACUGCGUGGGGGUUGUCUGAUAGCAACCAACCAUUCUUAUGGGUCACCGGAAGCGGUUCUAUCACUGGUCCGGAUUGGAUAGAGACAUUUCCAGAGGAACUGCGAAAGACGGUGUCAGAAAGGGGAUACAUUGUGAAAUGGGCACCGCCUAUAGAAGUACUUGCGCAUCCUGCAGUGGGGGGAUUCUGGAGCCACUGUGGAUGGAACUCAACGCUCGAGAGCAUUGCGGAAGGAGUUCCAAUGAUUUGCAGGCCUUUUCAUGGCGAGCAGUUAUUAAACGCUAUGUAUAUAGAAAGCGUCUGGAGUGUAGGAAUUAAGCUUGAAGGUGAAGUUGAAAGAGUAAAGGUCGAGAGAGCUGUGAAAAGGUUGAUUGUGGAUGAAGAAGGUGCAUGCAUGAGGGAUAGAGCUCGUCUUCUAAAAGACAAGGUCAAAGCUAGUGUGAGAAACGGAGGCUCUUCAUAUAAUGCAUUGGAUGAGCUCGUCAAGUACUUGGAGACUGACUAAGAAGCUGCACUUCAUGUAUGGAUUACAAUAGAUCACUGAAUGAUUGGCUAAUCAGAAAAAAAAAAAAAUCAAAUAAAAUUCGUGAAGUACAUGGUUUUCUUUUAAAUCCAAUUUUUUUUUUUUAAAAAAAAAAGCAAUUCAAAUCAAAUAUGAGUCUCUUUUGGCAGUUUGCCUAUUAUGGAAUUGUUGCAUUGAAGAAAAGUAAAUAAUUUUACAUGAAGCCAAAGAAGACAAAGAGGACCAAGAAGGCAAGAAGCAACUUUGAUUUUGUCUCUGAUUUCUCUAACAAGAUAAAGAGAUGCAACCGCCUUAUCGUACUGACAUAUACAUCAUACACCACA